AUGGAGCGGAUCCCCAGCGCGCAGCCGCCCCCCUCCUGCCUGCCCAAGGCGCCCGGACUGGAGCCCGGGGACCUGCCGGGGAUGGAUUUCGCCCAGAUGUACCAGGUGUACAAGUCCCGGCGGGGAAUAAAGCGGAGCGAGGACAGCAAGGAGACCUACAAACUGCCGCACCGGCUCAUCGAGAAGAAGAGACGCGACCGGAUUAACGAGUGCAUCGCCCAGCUGAAGGACCUGCUGCCCGAGCACCUCAAACUUACAACGCUGGGCCACCUGGAGAAGGCGGUGGUGCUGGAGCUCACCCUGAAGCACGUGAAGGCCCUGACGAGCCUGAUUGACCAGCAGCAGCAGAAGAUCCUGGCCCUGCAGAGCGGGCUGCAAGCCGGCGAGCUGCCCGGCAGAGGCGCCGAGGCCGGCCAGGAGCUGUUCUGCUCGGGCUUCCAGACGUGCGCGCGGGAGGUGCUGCAGUUCCUGGCCCGACAUGAGCACGCCCGGGACCUCAAGUCCGCUCAGCUGGUGGCCCACCUGCACCGCGUGGUCUCCGAGCUGCUGCAGGCCGGCGCCCCCCGCAAGGCGGCCGACCCCGCCGCGGUGCCCGCGGACCUCAAGGAGCAGCCCGGCGCCCCGGCCGGGGGCUCCGAGGGCCCCGGCAAGAACUGCGUGCCCGUCAUCCAGCGGACGUUCGCCCCGUCGGGCGGGGAGCAGAGCGGCAGCGACACCGACACCGACAGCGGCUACGGCGGCGAGUCCGAGAAGGGCGAGGCGCGAGGGGAGCGGCCGUACCUCAAAGGCGACCGUGGACGCGGCAGGCUGGCCGCGGGGGAGCGGGUCGGCGCCAUCAAGCAGGAGUCCGAGGAGCCCCCCGCGAAGAAGGGCCGGCUGCAGCUCUCGGACGACGAAGGCCCCUUCCCCGGCGGCGACCUGCUGGGCUCCCCGUUCCUGGGGGGCCCGCACCCGCACCAGCCCCCCCUGUGCCUGCCCUUCUACCUGAUCCCGCCCUCGGCCACCGCCUACCUGCCCAUGCUGGAGAAGUGCUGGUACCCCACGUCCGUGCCCCUGCUCUACCCCGGCCUCAGCGCCUCCGCCGCCACCCUCUCCAGCUUCGUGAACCCGGACAAGCUCGCGGGCCCCUUGCUCCUGCCCCAGAGACUCCCUUCCCCCCUGCCGCCCCACCCGGCCCUCGACUCGUCCGCCCUGCUCCAGGCCCUGAAGCAGAUCCCCCCUUUGCACCUGGAAACCAAAGACUGA